AUGAAUGAAAUACUAACGUCAACCUCCAACCAGGCUGCCAAAGAAAUUCAGGAUAUUCUUGGCGAAGACGCUGUGAGCAUGGAUGCGGAUGAGCUCGAAACGCACAGCUAUUCCGAGGCGUCAACGUCGAAUCUCGACACCCGCCCGGUUGCUAUCAUCAUGCCUUCCAGCACGGAAGAAGUAUCUCUCGUGGCAAAGAUAUGCACCAAAUACAAAGUCCCAAUGAUCCCAUUUGGCGCCGGGUCCAGCGUUGAAGGUCACUUCACGGCGCCAUACUCCGGUUUCAGCAUUGACAUGUCCCGCAUGAACAACAUCAUCCAGAUUAACGACGAAGACAUGGAUGUUGUGGUCCAGCCCGGCGUGAAUUGGGUCACUCUGAACGACACCCUCAAGCCCACCGGCCUAUUCUUACCUCUGGAUCCUAGCCCCACAGCGCACAUCGGCGGCAUGGUUGCGACGAACUGCAGUGGAACAAAUGCCAUGCGGUAUGGGACGAUGAAAGACUGGGUUGUCAAUCUGACAGUGGUCCUCACAGAUGGCACUGUGAUCAAGACACGUCGCAGGCCGCGCAAAACAUCUGCCGGAUACAAUCUGAACGGCCUCUUCACCGGCUCCGAAGGGACGCUGGGCAUCAUCACAGAAAUCACCUUGAAGCUCGCGAUCGUCCCGUCUAACUUUGGCGUCGCGACAGUGUCAUUUCCCUCCGUUGCGUGCGCAACCAAGGCUGCGACAUCAAUGAUUCGCAGGGGCGUGUCUCUUGCCGCACUUGAGUUGAUGGAUGAUGUGCAGAUGCGCGUCGUGAAUCAGACCGGCGGAACGGCAGGGAAGAUGUGGCCGGAGCGGCCAACGCUCUUCAUCAAAGUCUCUGGUUCAGAACGAGCCGUCCUCGAUAGCAUUGAUUCUGCCAAGACCAUUGCCGCUGCCCAUGGGGGCUCAAGCUUCUCUUUGGCUUUGAAUGAAAAGACAAUGGAAUCUCUAUGGUCGGCACGAAAACAAGCACUGUGGGCGAUGCUCUCCGUGCGGCCUGAAGGGACACAAAUUUGGUCGACGGAUGUGGCUGUUCCGCUCUCUCAACUGGCAGAGAUUGUGGAACAGUCAAAGAAAGAUGCGUCUCAACUCGGCCUGUUUUCCAGUGUGCUCGGCCAUGUUGGCGAUGGAAAUUUCCACCAGUCCGUCAUGUAUAAUCCAAACGUACCUGAACAGGUGGACGGGGUGAAGAAGUGCGUCGAUACAAUGGUCGUACGGGCGUUGCAGAUGGACGGCACUGUCUCCGGGGAGCAUGGAAUCGGACUUGGCAAAAAGCAUUGUCUGGAGAAGGAGCUUGGGCCGGCCACGAUUGAGGUGAUGAGAACGUUGAAGCGGAGCUUGGACCCGCAUUUCCUAUUGAACCCGGGGAAGAUUUUCGAUAUCUCACCAUCGGAGGAUCAAUAA